GGGAGCGGUUUGGCUCGGACUUGAAGGGACGAAAAACUCGACUAAGUCAUGUGACGUGUAACCAACUUGGCUGCCACCACCAGGAAAUUCAAAAAGAUUAAAAAAAAGAUUUAGAAACCAUCACGUGAAAAUUUGUCAUGUGAUGUGUCGUUUCUGGCAAGGGAGACGGACGGACAAGAGUAAGGCUGACUUCAGCCUCGACCUCAACUCUCCACGAUCUCAGCAAACAAAACCACCUACCGUUCUACAGAACCUACCUCGACAGACAAACACAAGCCUACCCUCCCCCCCAAUCCCCAAAAAUGGCAAUCGACACCGUGGUCACCGACCCCUCCCUCAAGGCCGUGCUCAUCGCCUCCCGCGAAGCCCGCCAACAAGCCAUCGACCUCCUCACCCUAACCUCCCCGCCCCUCCCCCCCUCCACCGCCGCCCUCCAGAUCUCGAAGCAGCAAAAACUCCUCAACGGCUACCUCGCCCAGCUGCGCGGUCUCCAGCGCCAAGCCACCUUUGGCGCGCGCGAUACGAAGGCACAGACGGCUGAGGCGCGCCAGGAGGUCGAUAGGCUGCACUUGCAGUUGCAGAAUCUGUAUUACGAGCAGAGGCAUUUGCAGGGCGAGAUUGCCGCUUGUGAGGCUUAUGAACACAAAUACCUCGAGCUCCCCCUCAUCCCCGAAUCCGAGUUCUUAGCCCUCUUCCCGGCGCACGUUGGGAAGGAUGAGGAGGCGUUGAUGGCGGCGCGGAUCGAGCAUGAGCAUGCGGAGCGGGAGGCGCUGGAGCAGCAGAGGCAGGGGCUGUUGAAGAUGAAGCAGGGGUUGAUUGCGGAUAAUAAGAGGAGGAAGGAGGAUUUGGCGAGUUUGGAUAAGCAGUUGGAGAAUUUUAUUGAUGCGGCGAAGCCGAUUCAGAAGACGCUGGAGAAGGUUUGAGGGGG